AUGCCAAGUUAAUUAGGAUUUUCGAGGAACGAUGAGAACAAGUCUAUCAUUGGAAAAAGUCAGAAAACUGCAAUUAAAAAGUCAUUAUUGAAUUCCAAUAAGUGCUAGUAAAAAACUCCAUCUAAGGUUUUUAAAAAAUCUUUGGACAUUUUUGCAUCUGCAAUGAAGGUAAAAGUACAAUAUGUUUUCAAUGACGAGUAAUUUGAUGAGAAUUACAACAUACUUGCAACGAAUGAAAAUCAUAUAGAAAAUGGGAGAGAUACAGUUUGCCUAAGCUUUACAGAUCACACCCCUGAAAAAUAAGUUUAGACUGAUUCUAUUUACUCUACAACAACAAAGGAUAAAAUGUUCAACUAUGGUGUAAAUAAGUCUAGAAAAAUAUCAGACCUAUCCCAAUGCAAUACAGGUGUUAUUAAGAACCUGCCAAGAGAAUCACUAUCACCAAAAAAGAUUGAGCAAUAAAUAAGAGAUAUAUUAAACCAAGAUAUUCCAAAAGAGAUGAAAAGUUCGAAUAAGCUGAAAGCCUAAUUAAUUUAGAAAAAGUUUAAGCAUCAAAUGAAUAAUGAAUAGCUAGCUAGGAGUUAAAGUCUUUUGCUUAAAUCGCUUCCUGCUUAGAAAUAUAUACAAAACAAAUUUUCAAGAAAUGAAACAAGCAAAAAGCAAAGCUAAACUUAGCGAAAGAGCAUAGGACAGUUGUGUCAGUAAAAUUCUUCUGCAGCAUUAAAUAGUUAUGGUUAGGCAAAUAUUGUGACAUAGGACUCAGUCGUUCGAAGCAAAUUGCUGAAUACAACCUAGUCAACUUAAUUAAGGCGCAGUUAAAGUGCAAGAAGAGAUAAUUUCAGAGGUGAAUUUUAAAAUAAUUUAACUACUCUGGAUUAUAAAAGAGUCCCUCUCAAGAAAAAUAAUAAGUGUAAUUCUAAUAUAACAGCUUGCAUAGCCCUAAAGAGUAGUAGUACAGUGAAGACACAAGAUGAAAGCACCGAAUAUUUAAAUAGUAAUUUGACUUAGGGCAAGACUAGAAUGUUCAAGAAUGUUAUUUAAAAGCAGAUGAAUGAAGUAGCAGCCAAAAAGGGCCCAAAGCUUGAAUUUCUAAUAACAGAAGAUGAACUAUAUACUCCUCCUCUUCAAAGCAGUGCUCAAUCAACUAGAAAUAUGCAAAUAGGAUCUCCGAUGAGUAGCUCAAGCAGCAAAGAAUUUAAGAUGACUGAAAGAGAAGCAAAAAUCAAGGCUAAGAUUGAUGAUCUUAAAAAGAUCAUCACAAUUCAGGAAGAGUUAGAUGAGAUCAUUAAGAAGAAAGGUGCAGCAGCCAAGAAACUCACUCAUCACGAGUAGCUGCUGUUAACCGAUAAGUUGCAUAAAGAUGCUGAGGAGAGAAAGUCAUACUAGGAGGCAUUACUAAAGUUACAAAUAGAAAAAGAGCGUUUGGAGAUUGAGACAUAAAAAUAUUAAAAAAUAAAAGUGUGA